AUGGCGCAGCCCAGGUGCAACGGCCAGGUGGAACGUGCUAAUGGCUUGAUCCUUCAGUGGCUCAAAGCCAGGAUUUUCGACCGAAUCGAAAAAUAUGGCUCCAAGUGGAUCCAGGAACUACCCAUAGUAGUAUGGGGGCUGCGCAUGCAGAGAAGCCGGGCCACUGGCUACUCCCCCUUCUUCAUGGUCUACGGUUCUGAGGCUAUCCUCCCGACGAAUAUUGCCUUUGGUGCUCCACACACCCAGAACUACGAUGAAGGCGAGGCCGAAACAACUUGGCGAAUAGACCUCGACUCGGCCGAGGAGCACCGUCUGAUGGCAGCCCUCCAUCACGCCCGGUACGAGCAGUAG